AAUAUUUGUUGUUUGAAUUUUUGUCUAUUUUACAAAAUUAAGAUAUUUUUUGUUUUAUUUUACUGACUGUUACUUAAAAACUAACUGUAAGACAUAACUGUCCUCAGCUAUGAGCAGUAAUAGACAAAAAAUUGAAUGUAAUAUACUGUUUGGUAACAAUCGGACACUACUUAAUAUUGAUGUCGGUUGGGAAGGAAUUCCCUUUAAUAUUGUGUUCAAUACGAUAAUAGCUGCGGGUUUACUGAUAGCAUACGCUGUGAUUCGUUGGAGAGUAAAAAAAGUUGGUAAUAAAAGCAAAGAACAGAUCGGAAAGUUGUUUUUGGUGGACAAUUGGCUGCCAUUCAUAUACGGCGACAAAAAGACAAACGACAGAAUAACAGCCAAAUUCAAAGAAAUCGAUAAAAGACAUCAUUUGGCUUAUUUGCCGCCAAUUCUUCACGAAUACGAAGACCAAAUGCCCGAAAAAAUUUCGGUCGAAGAAGUCAUUGCCGAAGAGGAUGCCAGUAUCGGCUUCUACAGACAUCCCAGUUCACUGUCAGUACACAGUUCACUAAAACGGGGACCAAAACAAGAUCAACAGAUUUCCAACAACGAUAUACCGACGGUUAGGUCGGAACUGAGCGAAAAACUGCCGGACGAUCCCUAUACACAAUUGACGACCGAAAUAUGCAGCGAUACAGACGAGGAUAGGGAGGUUCGGCAGUUAAAGUCGGUGCUAAUCCACGACUAUGUCUCCAAAGAAGUAGAAAAGUCGACAAAAGUUGAGCCAAAGACACCACCAAAACCUGAGAUCAAACUCUUGGAUUAUGUGAAACAAGUGAUCAAAAAAAAUCUAAUGAUAACCGACGAGAAGAUAAUGAAGAAUAAGGGAACCGAUGCCAUCAAAUAUCUACUGUUUCAACGAUAUCUCAUCUAUUUUCAGACUCUCAUGACUUGUGUUUGUUUGUUAAUUAYUUUACCGAUCAAUCUCUACGGUAACGCAGUGCUAAGUAAGCAUAAGUUUAUGCGGACAACUAUUUCCAAUUUGGGUAACGAAUCCAAUCUGGUUUGGAUCCAUUCGCUGAUGGCUUGUAUAAUGAUAGUGACGGGCUAUUAUAUGACACACCACUUUCACAAUGUUGUCAACACCCAUACGCGUGACGUCGACCAGAAGACACUGAUCAUCGAAAAUAUAACGAAAUCGGGAAGAAAGUCAUCGCAAUUGUUAAACUAUUUCAAGAAACGGUUCCCGAAAGUGAUGAUCAAACGGAUAACGUUUGUCUACGAUAUCCGCAAAUUGGAUAAAUUGGAUUACAGACUGUUGACAGCCAUCGAAGCUAAACAAUAUUGUCAUCGAUAUUGGCUGGAGUUUGGCUACCGAUGCGAAGUCAGGCCAUACUGUUUGGGCAAAUUUGGAGGCGUCUGUCUCUGUUGCGGCUGUUGUCCCAAAUUGGAUGGCACUCUGUAUUACGCCGAAGAAAAAGCCGAACUCAAGAAUCUGAUCAAAAAAGAAGUAAAAAGAUUAUUUUGGGAACCGGUUGGCCGCGUGUUUGUCGUGUUUGCCGACGAGUCAAUGGCUGCACAGGUUUACAACGAAUUUUACUACCGGUGCUCGUGUUGCACCCGUUUCCUGAAGUCCAUUGGCCGGAUUUUUGUGAGUAACCAAACUACCGAUCCACUCGAGACAUACAAUUGGGAAGUGAAUUAUGCACCGAAUCCCGAAAAUCUUGAAUGGACAGACCUAUCACUGGACAAAGGAUACAGUUGUCUAAUGAGUGUCAUAUUUCAUACGAUACUGACGUUAAUAUUUUUGUUUCUGUCGACGCCGUCCAUUGCCGUCAAUAUAUUAAUGUCUCCGUUUGGCAGUGAAGACAUGCCAGUACUGGUCGGUUUAAGACAGUUUGGUCAGCCAUACCUGUUGAUGGCAAUGACUAGUAUACUGCCGUCACUAAUCAGUUUAGUCCAGAAUCAGAUCCCAUAUAAGACAAAAUCUUCAUUAUCUCACGCACUUAUGUUUAAGUCAUAUUUUUUUCUCAUAUUAAUGGUACUCAUACUUCCAGCGCUCGGUCUUUACACUUCCGCCGUAAUGUUGGACAUGUUAUUCAGCGGUGAAAAUACUUCGUCCAAACAGCAGAUCCGAUGGAAUUGUUUGUUUCCUUCGGGUAACAGUGCCUUCUUCAUGAACUAUGUCCUAUCGUCGGCCUUAGUCAGCAAUUCUUUACAAAUAUUAUUAGUUCCCGAAGCCGCCCAAUACGCCCUGUAUCUACUGGUGCUGUCGCGCUCAGUGGCCGAGUAUGAGAGUGCCCGACUAAAAAUACAUUUUGAUUUUAGUUUUGGCUCACGAUAUCCUAUAUUGUUGUUGAUCUUUACGGUUGUCACCACUUAUUCCAUAUCCAGUCCGCUGAUAGCACCCGUAGGUUUGUUUUAUUUGCUAACCAAACAUCUGGUCGAUCGUUACAAUCUAUACUAUGUUUACAGUCCGUCGCCCAUAACCGACAAAAUGCAUCGGACGGCCCUAUAUUUUGUACAAAUAGCCUUUUUCUUUAUGUCCUUUCAAGUGGUAACAACAUUAUCGCAAUACAAUCAGACAUUUCUGUGGUUCGGGCCAGCGAUACCCGUCGGUAUCGUAUAUAUCAUACAAUUGCCAAUAAUUGUUUACAAGUUUUUUACACAUAUUUGA